AUGGGACAGUAAACAGGAAAGGGAUAUCAAAGUGUGCUCCCCCACAGCAGCUGUCAGAAGCAGUGAGUGCUCUUGAACAAGACAAGGAAGCUGCAGAGCUGAGCCGAUAUGAGGAAAGCCGCCGUCGAGGGGAAUUACAUGACAAAGUUCUGCAGCUUGAGUUGGACAUUUUGAAGAUGAGGUCUAACCUGGAGAGAAGUCGUCCAGCCUCUUCACCAAACCCUCUCAGCAGAACUCUGCCCGCUGCAAAAGACCAAACCCUCAGAGAGGAACAGAGGCAGGCUGAGAAAGAGAUGAAGAAGCUCAGAGAGGCUCUCAGAAGAGCAGAGGAGAGAACAGACGACCUGGAGUAUGAGAAAGAGAGCGCACUGAGACAGCUCUGCUCCUCUGAAGAGAGGAAACAUGAGGCAAUUAACCAAGCAGAAGAGUUGGAGCAAAGCCUGAGCAGCUCCAUCCAGACCCAGAAAGAGCUAGAGGACCAGCUGAAUGAGUCCCGCAGCUGUCUGGGACAAAUGGAGCUGGAAAAAGACCUGUUCUCCACUAAAACCCAGAGACUAGAAGACAAUCUGAAUGACUUAAAGAUCAAACUAUCCGGAGCUUUAAUGGACAAAGGCUGUCUUGUCCAGGAGAAAGCAGAGCUCCAUCAGAGGGUCCAGGCUUUGGAUCUGCAGCUGCAGAGAGAGCAGAGGAGCAGACAGGGCUUCAGUGAGCAGGUGUGUGAGCUGCAUGCUGAGCUGUCUCAAGCUAAGAGCCAGACCGACAAACAGAAGAUGGAAACCAUGUUGAUGAAGGAGGAGCUGCUUUCCAUUAAAGAGUUGAACGAAAAGCUGUCAUCUGAUCUGACCAAAGCUACAGAGAGACUACAAGUGACUCUUAACCAGCUACACGAGCUGGAGGCAGAGAAACUGAUCCAAACCAAUCAGAUCGUGGCACUGGACACUGAGCGCUUGCAGCUGAUAGGAGAGAAAGAGGAACUGAGGAAGACAUUUGAUGAUGGACUUCAUGAAAAGAUGAUAGAGCUGGGAGAGAGAUUCUGCCAGCACAGAAAAUUGAAGGACAAUCUAGAACAAGAAAAUCAGGCUCUGCAAUUAAAAUGUCAAGACCUGGAAAAAAAAGUCCAAAUCUCGGAGGCGGGGUAUAAGCAUAAAGAGGAGGAGCAACAUCAAAUGAGGGCGGAGUCUGAACAGGAAAAGGAGGAGUUGAGGAAACUGGCUGCUCACUGGAAUGAGAGGUGGCUGGAUGUGGCGAUGACGUUAUGCUCAACACAAACAGAACUCAAUGAGCUCAAGAGUCAACAGCAAGUGAAUGACAAUGUGAUGUCCAAGGUGGUGGAUGGAGAGUUGGUGCAGGUGAAGGACAUGUUGAGGAUCAGAGACACUGAGCUGGAGGAACAGCUGGAGGAGCUGCGGUCUGCUCACCAUCAGGAGUCACAACAGAGCGGUGAUGUCCAGAGGUUGGAGCAGCUUCUUGCAAAGAGAGAUCCGGAAAUUAAAGAGAAGGAUCAAGAUCUGAAGAACCUGGAGAUCCAGAGGAUAAGACAGAAAGCAGAGGCUCAGAUCAAGAUAUCCGCCCUGGAGCAGGAGAUUUUUGGACACAAAGGUCUGCUGUUGAGAAAGGAAGUGGUCAGUGAAAGCAGUCCUGAGGACUUAGAGUCACUGAAGGCCCUGAUAAAAGAAAGCAGAAGGCGAGCAGAAACGCUUGAGCAGGAAAGAGACAGAGCCUUACAGAAACUGCAGGAUCUUGAACCUCCCCGGCAGGGCAAAACAGAGAAAGAAUCUCCAUUAGAGACUAAAAAACAGAAACCCACGGCCUCAGACCUUGUAGAUCCGAACCAACAGAGGAGGCUGGUCACCGAGCAGCUGAAAAGUCUGUUCAGAGAGAGAGAGCGGUGUGGAGAGAGGUCUCCAGUUUUCACAAGAAGAUCUGGUUUGGUCGACAGCAGGGUCCAAAAUGCUACAAGUACUAAAAACUGGAAUGCUUUUGACACAUUAAACCAUCAGGGAAGAAAAACACAGAAGCUGGAGCAGGAACUCCAGCAGGGGGCAGCAAAGAGGUCCUCAUCCCAGAUCUCAGUCUCUCAGGGGGGGAUCAAGGAGUUCGGAGAAAGAGGAGGAACAGAAACAGCCCACCAAUCUGAAGAACCACAGCAAGACAACCAAGCCAAUGUAAUAUCUCCUCAACCAAACUUACAACGGGACAAAUUUCCCCUGGGCUGCAGUGAUGGAACAUUCCUUGCAAGGCAGGUUGAGCUUUGUGACCCAGAUUUGGAAUAUUCGGAAGGGUCCAUUUGAAGAGGAG